GUUCAACAAAGUUAGCAUCUUUAUCUUGGUAGCCAUUUUAACUUGAACAGGCAGAUUUUUUAGUGUGCUUAACAAUGACAGCAGAAAUAAUCGAUCUUCAUCGGUCUCUGCUGUUUCACGUAGUAUCUGCUCUGAUGUCUCACAUUGUCUCUGCUCAAUAGAAUUAUUUAGAGCUCGUACAAAGGGAUCAUCAUCUUCAGCCAAUUGCCGUUUACGUUUGAUGGUAGCUUUUUCUUUAGGACGCUCACGUACUUCAGUGCUCUCCGAAUUUUCUUCUUCGUCAUCUUCUUUUUCUCUGAUAGCUACUACUUUUUGUAGAAACUGCAACUGCUUAAAGUAUAUGUAUUCGCUUUUGCGGUUAGUGGCUCCAGAACCAGACUUUAAAUUUUGUCUUUUGACUUCCCGAGCAUAGCAUGAUCUUAUACUUUUCCACCUUUUUUGCAACACCAAACCUGAAAAGAAAUGAUUAGUAGUACUUCGCUAGUGGAUGUACAAUGAGGGAAUUGCAUUACAAUUAUCGUCUAGGACAAACAACUUUAAGCACAAUAAUUAGAGAAGUGUGUGCCGUGAUUUGGGAUAAGUUGCAAACAUGUGUAUCACUUCCAGCCUCUGCAAGUGACUGGAUCAAAACAGCAGAUGGUUUCGAAAAGCAUGCGAACUUUCCACACUGCCUGGGUAGUAUCGAUGGGAAGCACAUUAGACUGAUUCAACCUGCUGAUUCUGGUUCAUUAUAUUAUAACUAUAAACACUUUUUUUCAAUAGUGCUGCUUGCUGUAUGUGACGCUAAUUAUAAUUUUAUGUACAUAGACGUAGGUGCCUAUGGGAAAAGUAGUGAUUCAGCAAUAUUCCAAGAAACUGACUUUUAUAAGAAGCUCAUGAGCAAUACUUUAAAUAUUCCAGAGCCCCUUCAAAUUUCGGAAAAUAGCACAACGCUUUUUCCUUACGUAUUUGUAGGCGACGAAGCAUUCGGGUUGAGCACAAAUGUCAUGCGCCCAUUUGGAGGAAACAACCUCAGCGUCGACAAAAGAAUUUUCAACUACAGACUGUCGAGAGCGCGCCGUUACAUCGAGUGCACUUUUGGAAUUUUAACCAACAAAUGGAGAAUUUUCCACAGACCAUUGAAUGUCCACACCGAAUUAGCAAAAUCAAUUGUGAGAACAUGUUGUGUCUUGCAUAAUUUUGUGCGUGCUAGAGAUGGGUAUUCAUAUGAUGAUACUCUGACAGUAACCGGUUUUGAAACUAUAACACAGCGAAAUUUUACUAGAGGAGGACGUGCUGCUACCACAACUCGAGAUAACUUCAUGAAUUAUUUUGUAAAUGAAAACCCACUUUCAUGGCAAAAUAAUUGUAUUAAUUAAUAAAAAUAUAAUAUUCCUUACUUACCUAAGUCUUUUUUUUGUUCAACUGUUUGCCCCUCUCCUCCAUAUAAAUCUACAAUUUCUUCCCAACAUUUCUUCUUCAAAUCUCUAUUAGAGUAAUCUGCUGAGGAACUAUCCCAAAUUGAUGGUCUAUUUUGAAUAUCAAUAAUAAAUUUUUCAGUAUCGAAAUUAUCCAUCAUGCACGUUUGCAAAUUAAAAAGCAAAUGAGUUGACAUAUUCAGAAUUAUCGCGUCGUUAGCAGCGCGACUGGCGGCCGAGUGAGUGAAACACCAUAGAGCCCAAUACGAAGUAGUGGUGGGGCGACCAGCUUGGCGGAGCUGCCAGUAAUCUUUCGAGCACACGUAGUGUUGGUCGCUCCGCCAAACUGGUUGCGCAACCAAGCGGACACCAGGUGAGAUACUCUCCAUAGAGCUCUAUAUGUUUUGUUGGUAGCGACGACCGGUUGCGCCGCCAUGGUGUCCCGGUGAAAUAGGG